AUGCUAGAGGCAGUGGUAGACAAACUAUCAAAUCAUAAAAGCGAAGGGGAUAUUAUGUAUGCUGAUUUCUUUGAUCAACCAUCUAGCCAGGUGUCUAAUAAACAGAACAUCAGCAUUGAGGAGGAGGAUCAGAUAGAGGAAGAAGAAGAGGAUGUUGAUAGUGGAGAUUUAGACCAGGAUGAUGAAAAUGUUGAAGGCACUGAUGAAGAGAGAGAAAUCCAAACAAGGGUUCAAUCAGGCAGAGAUUUGUUUGCUGCUAGUGAUAGUAGUGAAGGUGAAGAUAUUGGUGAUAUAUUUGGAGGAAAGAAAAUACAUGAAAAAUCUUCCUUUGAGAAGAGGCAAGAAAAGUUGAAGGAAAGAAUUUCUGAGUUAGAAGAAACUGCUCUGGCACAGAAACCUUGGCAGUUGACUGGAGAAACCACAGCAACUGCCAGACCAGAAAACAGCUUGUUACAGGAAGAUCUGGAGUUUGAACACACUACCAGGCUAGCUCCAGUCAUAACGGAGGAAACUACAGCCAGUUUAGAAAGUGUCAUUAAACAAAGGAUAAAAGAUCAGGCCUUCGAUGAUGUGGAGAGGAAAAUCAAGCCUACAGAGGAUGCAUUCCAGUAUAAAAAGAGGAUAACGCUUGAUCAGGAAAAGAGUAAACAGAGUUUAGGAGAAAUAUAUGAGCAGGAGUACUUAAAGCAAGUACAGGAGACAGAAGAAGAUAAAACAGACCCUCAGCAUGAAGACAUUAAAAAAAUGAUGCAAUCCUUAUUUAUCAAGUUAGAUGCUCUUUCCAACUUUCAUUAUACACCCAAACCGGCUGUCCCUGAAGUCAAGAUUGUCAGUAAUAUGCCAUCUAUAGUAAUGGAGGAAGUGGCCCCACUUAGUGCCAGCAGUGCUGCAUUGUUGGCUCCAGAAGAGAUACAGGAGAAACCCAAGGGGGAUGUAAAAGGGAAAUCGGAAGCAACAGGCACUGAUAGAAAGCAUGAAAGGAGAUUAAAAAAGAAAGUUAAACGGUUGAAAGAGAAGGAAAAGAAGAAGAGACAAAAACUUAUAGAGAAGUUAAAACCAGGCUUAAGCAACAAGCACAGUAAAAAGAAAGCACUGAAAGAGUUGGAAAAACAAGAAAAGAGCUCCAAAAACCUGACAGUUAUAAAGGAGGAUAAAUCAAGAAAGGCUGGACUGACAUCAUCUAAGGCCUUCUUCACACAACUCCAGGAAGAAGCUAAGACCCAAAUACGCAUCCACAAGACCACUAGGAAUGAGAUGAUAAAAGCAAAAGCAAAUACUGCAGCUAAACUUAAACUCUAAAUCAAUAUUCAGCUCAGAGCACAUUCUGUAACAUUAUUUUGAUUUUACAGAUUGGGAGGGGAGUGAAUUCGAGUAGAGCUAGUGACAAAAUUUAGGAUGUAUAAAGUUAUUGUGUUGUGAUUCAUUUGCAACUUUUCUAUGACAUUUCUAUGCCAAAAUAAAACAAGCGUAGAAAAAAUA